GAUAACUCCAGUUCAGUCAUGAAAAUCUUUUGAUACUAUAAAAAUGUAUUCUUUCUUGUUCAUAAUUUUAGUAAAUUAUUUACAAAUUACUUCAGCUUCUGUGUGUGAUAUUUGCUCGUGUUUUACAUCAGGUACAACACAAGUUUCUAAUUGCAGUGGAAAGUUAAUAGAUUACAAUGGAGUUAAUUUGAAUAUUUUUCCUACUUUUUUUGCUGAAAGAAUACCUGAUAAAUUGAUUCUGUCAAGCAAUAAUAUUUCACAAUGGGAAUCACCAAUACUGAUUAAUAAUUUUAAAAACUUUGAAGGAUUAAAAGAGCUCGAUUUAUCAUUUAAUGAUUUAAAGACACUAGAUAUAAGUUUUUAUUGUAAUGUUUCAAUUCGCGAGCUAAAUGUGAGUCAUAAUUUAAUAGAUUCUUUCAUAGAAACACUUUCUAUAAAUAAUAAUAGUUCAUUAAAGCAUUUUGACUUAUCGUACAACCAGCUCCAAAUUAUAAAUAAAACUACAUUUCAACAUUUUCCUCAGUUAGAAUUUUUAGAUUUAUCUUUUAAUCUUAUAAAAUCAAUUGAGACUCAAGCAUUUCAACAUUUUCGCGGUCUUAAUUUUUUAAAAUUAAAUAACAAUUAUUUAACUUCUUUUGUUCAAAGUAUAUCUGCCGUUUCUUUGAAACUUGACAAUAAUUUUAUUACAAGUCUUGACUUAUUAAAGGUAAAUGAUCUUAAAACUCAAUCAAGAUUAAACUAUUUAAAUGUUAGUAAAAAUCAAUUGACCUCAAUUAUGGAUAGUAAACUCAUGAAUCUUCAUACACUGGAUAUUUCUUAUAAUAAUCUUUCUAAAAUUCCAUCAUCAAUUAAUUCUAAAAAUUUUCCGAAUCUUGAUACUCUGAUAGUAAGUGGUAAUCCUUUAAAUAUAUUAAAAUUUGAUUCUGAUAUAAAAUUGAAAAAUUUUAUUGCUGAUAACAUUAAUUUAUUGAAUACAAUUGAUAAAGAUGUUUUUGACUAUUUGAAAACAUAUCCAAAUGACUGCAUUAAUAUCAGUAUUUCUUUCAAUAAAAAUUUAAAAAGUGUAAAUGAAGAGUGGUUGGAUAAUCUUCGAAUAUGUUAUCUCGAUUUAAGUCAUAAUUCUUUGGAAAAAAUUACACCGAGAGCGAUUCAACUAACUGACACUUCAUUCCCAAAAUAUGGAAUAAAUUUGCAGCAUAAUCCAUUUAUUUGCGAUUGCAACUUUCAAUGGGUGUUGGAUUCUUUUAUUCCUAAAUUGUAUUCUUCUCACUCAAUGUUUUUGGCAGAUUUGAGGUGUAGUAAACCACUGAAAUUAUCCAAUAUGAGAAUCAUACAUUGGUAUAAUUGGAAAACAAAAGUAUUUUGUAAUCAUGUAAAUUCUGAAUCAGUUGAACAAUUGGAAAAAUUAGUUAUUUAUGAAGAUGUGAAUAUUAACAAUUUACCAAUUAGUUCAACGGUUUCUAUUAAACCACGUAAAUCUGUACUAGUUUUAAUUAUUGCUGCUACUGUAAGUUUAACAGUAAUUACUAUCGCUGGUUUGUUUAUGUCACAUAAAUUACUUGAAAGACGGCGGCGACAAAAUAGGAGAUUUUAAGAUUCAAUGUGAAAUUUUAGGAAUGCUUUAAAUUAUUAAUGUUAGACACUAGAGAGAAUCCCAACUUUGUAUAUGUUUUAAAGUAUGUAAACGAUAAAUAAAAUAUAUUUAUUAAAUUUA